AUGGAGAUAGAAGAGAUUGCUAGCGCUAAGAGAAAUUCUGUCGAGAAGCAGUUAGACGGGUUUCAUAAACUGGUAAAACAGGUUUCUCAUGGUCGUCAUCUUGCAUCAUCAGUGAGUGAGCAUACUGAUCCAGGUGAAGUUCUCAGUGUUAAGAAGCUAAUCACCAAUCAACUAGAGGAAUGCAUUAAAGAGUAUAAGAAACUACCUCUAGAAAUAGAAGAAAAUGAAGCAAUUGUGACACGCUUUGAUACCACUGCCAUGAGCAAUGAGAUUCAUAGAUUCGGCAGUGUUUUUGAAACUGAUCCAGAUCUUUAUUCCAUUGAUAGUGGGUUAGCUAUUCCAUUGGCGACAGUAAAGAAAGAAAGGAAAUUCAAAGUGGCUCUACCAGCAGGCAUUGAUAAAGCAGCAAGCUAUUUGAAGGCUUCCUUUAUCAAAAGUGAUGGUAGUAAAGAGGAGGGUAGAGUUGUUAUAGUUAAUGAUAACAACACAGCCAUUGUAUCAUGCACACCUCAAAGUAUUGGUGGAUAUGAACUAUCAGUGACUAUAAGAGGUCACCAUAUUAAAGGUAGUCCACUGUCAGUAAAAGCAUCAAGAGACUAUACUACUCUAACUAACCAAAAAUCUUUUAAUGUGGGGAAUCUUACUCGUGGUGUUUCUGUUCAUACUAGUGGUGACGUAUUUGCUAGUAGUAUUGAUGGGUUUGUUCAGGUAUUUAGUGAGGAUGGUACUGCAGUAAGAAGGAUUGGAUCUAAAGGUAAUGGUAAUGGACAGUUUGACAAACCUUGGGGUUUAUUGCUGGUAGGAAACAGGCUCUAUGUGUCUGAUUAUGAUCUCAAUCGUGUGCAAUAUUUCUCAGCUACUACUGGUCAGCAUAUUGGUCAGUUUGGUAGUAAAGGUAAUGGAAAUGGACAAUUCUCUAGUCCUCGUGGUAUGUCUACUGAUGGUAAAGGUAAUAUAUUAGUAGCUGAUGGCAACAACAAAAGAGUACAAGUUUUUAAAGAAGAUGGUACAUUUGUACAAGUCAUACAAUGUGAUGGUACUGCAUCUGAUGUAGCAGUUGAUAAUGAAGGAAAGAUACACGUUACCAUUUGUCACCAAAAUCAUGUUCAAGUCUUCUCUCCUGAUGGUAAAACUCAUCUUGAUACAUAUUCUGGUAACAAUAAUAAACUUCACUUCCCUCAAGGCAUUGCAUUCGACGAUGAUGGAUACAUAUUUAUUACAGGAAAUUCUGAUACCUCCUGUGUCCUGAAUCCAGAAAGAAAUAAAGUUCAUUCAUUCAGCAGAUUAUUAGACCCAUCAGAUAUCACUUUAGAUAAGUAUGGGCACAUUUAUAUUGCAGACACUAACAAUAACCGAAUAAUGAAAUACUAA